AAAGACAAAGAUCAAAUAUCUCAUUUUAAUAUCUAGAGAGGGAUUUGCUUCCUUCACAAACAUUGUCUUUCAUUGCAAAGCAAACAACAUAUGGGAAACAACAACAUCCCAGGUGAAUCUGAAACAGAGAAUCUUCCACUGAUACAGCCAACGCCAUCACAACCGCAACUACUUCAACAAAACAGUAACUCCUUAAUACAACAAACAUGUUUGGAAUCAAAGAAACUAUGGCACAUUGCUGCCCCUUCCAUCUUCAGCCGUCUUACCAUGUUCUCCAUCACCGUCGUCUCUCAAUCUUUCGCUGGCCAUCUCAAUGAUCUCGACCUCGCCGCCAUUUCCAUUGCUUGCACCCUCCUCAUUGCCAUCACUUUCGGCUUCUUGCUUGGAAUGGCGAGUGCUCUUGAGACCCUUUGUGGCCAAGCUUACGGCGCAAGACAAUACCACAUGUUGGGUGUUUAUUUACAGCGUUCUUGGGUUGUUCUGUUCUUUUCUUCAAUUUUGUUGCUACCUAUGUUUGUGUUCGCCACGCCUGUGUUGAAAUUCAUAGGACAACCUGUGGCGGUUGCAGAGCAGGCGGGUUUGGUUGCAAUUUGGUUGAUUCCGUUUCAUUUGAGUUUCCCAUUUCAAUUCACGUUGCAAAGAUUUUUGCAGUGUCAGUUGAAAACCGCGAUUAUAGCUUGGGUUUCAGGGGGGGCACUUGUGAUUCAUGUGAUAGUGAGUUGGGUUUUUGUUUAUAAGAUGAGAGUUGGGAUUGUUGGGAUUGCUCUUACUAUUGAUUUCUCUUGGUGGCUCUCAGUUUUGGGAAUGCUUGUGUAUACACUCUUUGGUGGGUGUCCAAACUCAUGGAAUGGUUUUUCAGUUGAAGCUUUUGUUGGUUUAUGGGAUUUCUUUAAACUAUCUUUGGCUUCUGGUGUCAUGCUUGCGUUAGAGAACUUCUAUUAUAGAAUGUUACUUAUAAUGUCUGGUUAUAUGUACAACUCUGAUGUUGCAAUUGAUGCUCUUUCAGUUUGUGUAACUAUUUAUGGUUGGGAAUCCAUGAUACCGCUUGGUUUUUUGGCUGCGACCGGGGUGCGAGUAGCGAACGAGUUUGGCGGAGGCAAUGCAAAAGGGGCGAAAUUCGCGACGGUGGUUUCAGUGGUAAAUACUGUAAUCGUUGGAUUCAUAUUUUGGUUGAUAAUUGUGGUUUUUAAUGAGAAGCUUGCUUUGAUCUUUACAUCAAGCUUAUCUGUAAUCCAAAUGGUCAAUGAACUAUCAAUCUUGUUGGCUUUUACUAUUCUUCUUAAUUGCAUUCAACCUGUUCUUUCAGGCGUUGCAAUUGGAUCUGGUCGUCAAGCAGUAGUGGCUUAUAUAAACAUUGGUAGUUACUACUUGGUUGGAAUACCUCUUGGGGUUCUCCUAGGCUGGCUGCUACCUUCCGGCAUAGUGGGUAUGUGGACUGGAAUGAUGAGCGGAACGGUGGUUCAAACAUCGAUAUUGGCCAUUAUUACAUUGAGAUACAAUUGGGAAAGAGAGGUACGGAAUGUCCAAAUUCAUGUUAAGGACGACGCAACGUCCAGCCAAUAACAAGAUUACCAAAUUAACUUACACAUCUAUGUGUUUCAAUUUUUAUCAAGUUAGCAAAACGGUUAUUUUAGUCGUAGGACUGAAAUAUAUGGAACUUCUAUGAAUGAAUUGGGACUUGGAGGAAAUGAAGUACCUGAAUGAGAUUACUACUGUCUGAUAAAUCCAAGGCAAGGUUGAGAAUGGGAUAGACAUUUCCAAGGUAUUACAAUUUGGU